GUUUUGGUCGACUCCAACAAAGAAAAUUAACAAUAAAAAAACAACAUCCAAACAAUCUUAGACACACAAACCAUGUGCAUUCUGAGAGCUAGUAAGAGUGCCCCAUAUGUAGAAAUUGACUUCAUGACCUCGGGUAACAAUUUGCGUUACCACGCAACGCAAAGGAAGUGACGUCAUACGCUAAAACAUCCUAUUGGUCUUUACGGUGCUUCCAUUUUUUCCGGUUAGCAAUGGCGGUUGCUAGCUACCGCUAUUUAAGACACUUCAUAGUCUCGCUUAAAAGACGGUAAUAUUUGGAGAGAAAUAAGCAAGAUGUAAAAUAGAGGGUUUUUUUAGAUUAUUUUUAUUCGUAGAAGAUUACGUAACAAUACGUGGAGUGAAAUGCGUGACAGUGUCAGCAAUUUAAACGGUUGUAAUGUUUCCGAAAUUCGGAAACUAGCCUCUUGCUAGCUAGCUGAUAUUAGCCUGUAAGCUAUUCGGCUUCUCCGCGCAGCAUUUCUUUGCUUACAUCCACCCGCGUUAGUACAUAUCACUUAACGUACAACUUUAUUAACGUUAACUUGGUUUAGGGGGAAUAACAUUUCCCUAAGUUUCAGUGAUAUUAUAAUUCGAGCUAGUUUUCUUCACCCUGUCAUUGCUGCUGUCAUCCGGGUGUCCGUGUUACAGAGCAGCAAGCUGAGCAGCAGCGUUAUCUGAAGCCGCUAUAGAGAUGCCUGGGUUUUCAUCUGAUAAAGAGGAGUCGGAUAGACUGAUAGAGAAAGCAAAGCUAUGUCUAAGAUCAGGGCAGAGGGAGAAAGCCUUGCAGAUGUUAUACGAAGCACAGAAAAUAUACCCCAGCACCCGAGCCCGAGUCCUCAUCGAUGCUAUCGUGAAGAAUGGCAGUGCAGCCGCCCCAGAAUUCGAGCGUACGUAUACACCACCACCUGGGUGGAGGAACACAGACGAGGACAUCCCUGGGCGGCGGCAGCAGCAGCGUUACAGUGCAAGUGACACUGAUGAGACACCCCGAGAUGACAAAAAGAGCUAUACUGAAGAGCAGAGACAGGGUGUCCUAAGGAUACAGAGAUGUAAGGAUUUCUAUGAGAUUCUGGGUGUGCCGAAGGAUGCCAGUGAGGAAGAUCUAAAAAAGGCGUACCGCAAGCUCGCACUACGCUUUCACCCGGACAAGAAUUGUGCUCCUGGAGCCACUGAUGCUUUUAAAGCCAUCGGUAAUGCUUAUGCUGUACUGAGUAACCCAGAGAAGAGGCAGCAGUAUGAUCAGUAUGGAGACCAGGGUGCUGCAGAGACAGCUAGUCAAUCUUCAGCCCAGCCUCGCUAUACUCACGCACACCACCGAACCUUCCACAGGGACUUUGAGGCCGACAUCUCACCAGAAGAGCUCUUUAACAUCUUCUUUGGUGGCAGGUUUCCAACAGGCAACAUUCAUGUGUACACAAACAGAGGAGCUUCCUAUUCUCAUUUCUACCAGCCACGCAGACGCCGUACAUAUGAAAGGCGGGAGGAGGAAGUACAGGAAAACCGGAGUCAGAAUACAUUCACAGUCUUCCUCCAGCUUCUGCCUGUCCUGGUGCUUAUCCUCAUCUCUGUAAUAACCCAGCUGAUGGCUACUAACCCUCCUUACAGCCUUUUCUACAAACCGUCUAUGGGACUGGUGGUGUCCCGGGAGACGCAGCAUUUGGGCGUACAGUAUUAUGUGGAUAAGAGCUUUGAGAAAGAAUAUCAUGGAGCGGCUUUGGAUGAGCUGGAGAAGACCAUCGAGAGUGAUUACAUAGACCAUCUACAGAGCAACUGCUGGAAGGAAAAACAACAGAAGUUAGACCUGGCUAACCUGGGUCAGCUUUAUCGCGAUGAGCGGUUGAAGCAGAAAGCCGAGACCAUGAAGUUAGACCACUGCGAGAAGCUGCGCCGCUUUGCUGGCCGCCAACGGGGCAACUGAAAGUGGACUUCAAUCUUUUGUCAAACAACAUGGUCUUACCCAGACAUAAAAGGUUUUAGUGUCAGUGAUUAAUCUGUGCAUUGAUUAAUCACUUUAUUUAGAGAGAGAUAGUUUAUUGGAAAUGCGGUGCCUUUUGGUCCUGCACCAGCAUGCCGAAAUGCAUUGGAGCUGCUGGAAGUAACCAAUUCUGUCAGCUUUUCAUGACAAUGAAAGAUGGCCUCAUCGCAGGGGGCGUUUUUGUGUUUGUUUGUGCAAGAGCUGGGUUUUACUUCCUUAAAUUAAGGAGUUUAGGCUCUAGGUGCACUUAGACUUAGAUAUGUCUAUACACACUGUUAUUUAAUUUAAUAUGCCUGAGUUUACUAGUAUAGUACAUAAUCACUAAAAACAGUGUUUAAUUUAUUUAACUUAUUUGUUUUAUUUAUGUUUCUUUUUAAGUGCACUGAAUUACAUUUAAUUGGAGAUCAUCAAACUAAAGACAUUUAAGAUGAACACUGGAUUUUUUUUUUCAUGCUGACUAUAAAAUACACAGCCACAAACCACUGGUUUUAAAGGCUCUCCAAGAUUAGAGUGAGACUUCCACAUGAAGGUGAAAUUGCUUUGUUGGAUUUACUUUCCUAAGCAAUGUAUUAAUUUAGCUUAUUACUUGGUGUCACAGGGCAUUCAAAUUUAAUAGUUUUUUUUUUUUUGCUAUGAAUAGAGAAAAAAAGACAUUAUGCUCUGAAAAGCUUACACCAAAAGCCAUUACAUUAGUCAAUAAAAAAAAAAUCUAUAUUACCAAUUUUUUGAGGCCAUAUACCCCACCCCCACCCAUCUUUGUGCAUGCAAUCCAAAUGGAGUUUUAUUUUGCUUUGUGUUUUAAGGUUUUAAUUUGGACCUCAUGCUUUUAACUUUAUUUAGCUGCACACUUACUGUUAAAGACAUGUUAAUAUGUUGUACCUCAUAUUAAGUCAACACUAAUUAAAAAAAUUCUUAAUGUGAAAACCUUUUUAACCCAGCAGAGUAGGGCCUAAAAGCUAUACUAAAUGCUUUAACAGUGCAAAACACAAUUUAUGACUUAAGGAAAUGAACUGAGUGUUAUUGGUAAUGGAGAAGUUAUAUCAGUGAUAUCAGUAUUUAGCCAAACCAGUGUGUUUGGUUGGUUGGUGCUGAAUGAGAUGUUCUGAUUAAAUAAAAUAAUAAACAUUUUCCUUUUCUCAUAAUUACUAUAAUAAAGUACCACAUGGUUCUUCUAAAACAAA